AUGGAGAUGGAGACAGAAGAGAAACUUGAAAGGCUGGAGGAUGGAAAGAAAGCAGGCGAAAAGGAAUUGACAGUCGAAGAGAUAUUUGAAUCGCAAGAAGUACCAUCCUGGAGAUCACAACUAACAAUCAGAUCAAUAUUUGUUAGUGCAGCAUUAGGGUUUAUGUUCACAUUCAUUGUGACGAAGCUCAAUAUUACUACUGGAGUAAUACCUUCUCUUAAUGUUGCUGCUGGUUUGUUAGGGUUCUUCUUUAUCAAGUUAUGGACAUCUGUGUGCGAGAAAUUCGGUUGGCCGCACCAGCCUUUUAAUAGACAAGAAAAUACAGUUAUUCAGACUUGUGUUGUUGCUGUCUCUGGAAUCGCUUUUAGCAGUGGAUAUGCAAGUUAUAUGCUUGGCAUGACAAAGAUUAUUGCAGAUCAAGGUCCAGCCUCGGCAAACACAGCAAAUAAUGUCGUGACCCUCAAUUUGGGAAUGAUGUAUGGGUUUCUUGCUCUUAUCAGUUUUGUUGGUCUCUUUUCUAUUCUUUCUUUAAGAAAAAUUAUGAUAAUCGAUUACAAGCUGAUUUACCCGAGUGGUACUGCAACAGCAUACCUCAUUAACAGUUUCCACACAGAUAAGGGAGCCAAACUAGCAAACAAACAAAUUAAAACCCUUUCCAAGUGGCUCGCUGGUAGUUUUGUUUGGGCUUUCUUCCAAUGGUUCUUUACUUCAGAUAACGGAUGUGGGUUUACGGCUUUCCCAACUUUUGGCCCUCAAGCCUUCGCACGUAAGUUUUACUUUGAUUUCUCAAGUACCUAUGUUGGGGUAGGAAUGAUCACCCCUUACUCGAUUAACUUAUCGAUGUUGCUUGGAUCCAUCGUCUCGUGGGGACUCAUGUGGCCGCUAAUUGAACUACAUGAAGGUAAGUGGUACCCUGCAAAUCUCCCGCCUAAUAAUUUAAGCGGUAUUCAAGGGUAUAGGGUGUUUAUUGCAAUAGCCAUGAUCCUUGGAGAUGGUUUGUUUCAAUUUAUUUUUGUGCUCUGCAAGUCCGUAUACAACCUAAGGAAAUCGAAGGACAAAGAUGUUGGUGGUGAGCCUGUAGUGAGCUACGAUGAUAAACGCCGAACUGAAUACUUCUUGAAAGAUCAAAUCCCAGUUUGGGUCGCUGUAGGAGGCUACAUUACUUUGGCGAUCCUCUCCACCAUAUGUGUUCCUCUUCUUAUAUUCCCUUCAUUAAAAUGGUACCACAUCAUGAUAAUUUACAUCGUCGCACCUAUCUUGGCCUUCUGCAACUCUUACGGAUGCGGCUUGACAGAUUGGUCUUUGGCUUCUACCUACGGUAAGCUUGCAAUUUUUGUAUUUGGUGCUUGGGUUGGUUUAGAUAAUGGAGGUAUCAUUGCCGCUCUAGCUGCAUGUGGUGUUAUGAUGAGCAUAGUAUCGACUGCAUCAGAUUUGAUGCAGGAUUUCAAGACAGGUUAUCUAACCCUUGCUUCACCAAGAUCUAUGUUCUUUAGCCAAGUUAUUGGAACUAUGAUUGGCGUUGCCUUGUCUCCGGUGGUGUUCUGGGGAUUCUUUUACAAAGCGUAUCCCGAUCUUGGGAAAGAUGGCGCUUCAAAUCCAGCCCCUUUUGGAGCUUUAUAUCGUGGUAUUGCGCUUCUUGCUACUCAAGGUCUAUCAGCUCUUCCAAAGAACUGCUUGAAGCUAUGCAUUGGAUUCUUCUUCUUUGCCAUUUUAGUAAACAUAAUUAAACAAGUUAUGAUGCAUUUCAAGAAUAAGGCUCUCAAGUAUCUUCCAAGUCCCAUAGCUAUGGCUGUUCCAUUCUACUUGGGAGGAUAUUAUGCAAUCGACAUGUGUAUUGGAAGUUUAUACAGGUACUGGAGGGAGCGGAACAACAAAGCUGAAGCUGAUGCUUUUGUACCUGCGAUUGCGUCAGGGUUGAUUUGUGGUGACUCGCUGUGGGGAAUGCCAGCUUCUGCACUUUCGUUGAUGAAUGCUAAACCUCCAAUGUGCAUGAAAUUUUUAUCAAGGGAUACAAACACCAAGGUUGAUGCAUUCUUAAACGGCUAA